AUGACCUUGCAACUAGCGACAGCUACACGGUUGGUAAUGUCUUUGGAGGAGACAUCGACCAUUUGGGCUUCGCCUUUGCUUCCGAUGUGGGUUAACUGGGUAGACGGGUCAUCUUUUGCGAUGCAGUCUAUAAAUGUAUAUAUAGGAACUCCUCGGUCGCCGGGCAGGGUCGCUCUCGGUCAGGUGCUCUCGCCGGAGGUUUGGUGUUCACGGUUGGCGGGGAGUUUUGCUUCAGCCGCGGACCGCCCUCUCCCAGUCGUGUGUGCUUGCCAGCCGCGCCUGGCCGCUGGGAUUCCGGAGUCUGCUUCAGCCACGCCUGGUCGCCGGAGGCGGGUGGUUUUCGGUAGCGGAUUGCCUGGCGCUCGUCUCCUUGGUCCCUGCUUGACGAAAAUCUGGUGGCUCUCCGGCGCUGUGAAUGGCUCGCCCUCGUCGCUGGUGGGGAUCGACUCGCCGGCGUGCGCUGGCCUUCUCGCCGUCGGGCUGAUGCAACUCGUAAACGCCUGGAAUGUGGAGCCCUUGAUUGCUGGCAGAGCUUGCACGCUGAGGAGAAUUGGAAUAUUUUGGGAGAAGAGAAUUAGGGCUGUGGGGUGCUGCUGCUAA